UGAGGAGCACAGACCUUCCUCCAUACUUCAUAUGGCCCAUGAAAAAGCAACAAGGUUAUGAAAGAGGAAAAACGUCAUACUAAAUAUAGGCAAACGGUUUCAAAUUGCUCAAAAUCGGAAUGAACAAGAUGAUGAGAUGAGGAAGAGGAGGUCUGUAGAGGGAUAUUACAAGUUUGGGAGACAGAGACUGUCAUAUAUCUGUCAUGGAGAAGUCUGUCCGUUCAGUUCUCUGGAUCGUGAUUUCUCUGUAUAUAGCCGGAAUUUCAGAUGCUGAGCUCACCCAGGUUAACCCUUGUACCGACCUGCUAAAGGGAGACGGAGGAAUCCCAGGAGCACAAGGAUCGACCGGGGGUCCUGGUGCUGAUGGAGCCAAUGGACAAAAAGGAGACACUGGUGACUUGGGCACUCAAGGACCAAAGGGAGAGCUGGGAGAAAAGGGACCUUCUGAUUCAUAUGCUGCAAAGGACUGCUUGGAGCUGCUGGACCAGGGGGUGCUAGUGAGCGGGUGGUACAAUAUAUACCCAGAUGGAGCACCGCCGAUGAAGGUUCUGUGUGACAUGGAUACUGACGGAGGAGGGUGGAUAGUUUUUCAGAGACGAUAUGACGGGUCAAUAGAUUUCUACCGCAACUGGGAUUCCUACAAAAAUGGAUUUGGAAGCCAAUUGACUGAAUUCUGGCUGGGGAAUGAUAAUCUACAUAAUUUAACAUCAACAGGCAUUUGGGAACUGAGAGUGGACAUGAGGGACUUCUCUAACACAGCCUAUCAUGCUACAUACUUGUCCUUCAGGAUUCUACCCGAGUCUGACAAUUAUACAUUAAUAGUGGGGAGCCUUAUUGAUUCAAACGCAGGAGACUCCAUUACUCCUCACAACAACGUUCAGUUCACCACCAUGGACCGGGACAAUGAUUUGGUGCCAUCUAACUGCGCCAGGGAUCACAAAGGUGGCUGGUGGUACACCAACUGCUACAGCUCAAACCUCAAUGGCUUGUUUUAUCUGAUACAGAGCUACAGCUGGGACGGGAUCUGUUGGCUUGGACUUGGCCACAGCUUUGAGUCCUUAAAAUUCACUGAAAUGAAAAUUAGGCCUUUAUAAUACAGUACAGGGGAGCACAAUACUGUGUAUAACCAUGUUCUAUGUGUCUAUAUCAGUGACAUCCUGCUGUUCCCAUAUGGUGGGCACUUAUUCACUAUACUGCAUGUAUGAGGGCCAGAUUAUACAUGAAUAUGAUGUCAUCCAAUGAGACCAACAUCCAGCACAUGGGCCACCAGAUAGAUAGCCCUGGUCUAUAAAAUCCCUUCGAUGGCUAUAUGUUAUUUUAUAACAGAGCUAUGCACAUAUUCCAGUAAGGCAUGUCCUUUUAUGUCAUUGGACUCUUAUAAAGGAAUGUUGAUAAUAUUAAUUUUAGGGAAAUAUGUUCUUUUAAAAUGAUGUGGAUGACUUAGUAAUACAAAGGAAAUUCUUCCUUUCUAGGUGAUUUGUCCUUAAAUUAUUGUUCCAGAAAGCCAAGGCAAUAUUCCAUUAUAAUCCAAAAUAAAUGGUCUGCUGUGGGGUAAUGUUUUAUUGGUUGUUUGCACGCAGCUCCCACCAGUAUUAAUAAAUACAAAUCCAGAAAUGAA